AUGGCAGCGAUAAGAGAUCUUCAUAAGAGCAGCAGCAGACGGAGGAUGGACAGUUACCACGGCGACAACAUGGAGCUGAGAGGCAGCGUCGCUAUUCUGCUGUCCUCCUCCUCCAGGGUUAAGACUCCUCCUCCUCGCUGUGACUCCACGUUGGCGUUCUCCUCAGAUGCUUCUUCCUCCUCGUCUGAAGGAAACAGAAACAUCCACCUCAGAUCUCUGUCUCCCUGGAGCUGGAGGUCGUCCACGGUGGCGAACCGGAUCCCCUCCACCCUCUGGGAGGCCGACUGCAGCAGCAACUUCUGUUCCAGUCCCAACGAGGAACAGAUGGACGGACACGACCUGAACUCACUCCCCAUCUACCAGAACGUCCUGGUCCUGAACCGGAAGGACCACGGACGCUGCUACGUCGCAUCGUACCAGUCUGUGGCCGUCGGCUGCACCUGCGUCUGGGCCAAAAAAACCCAGAACUGA